AAUUCCGGGGAAGGAGCCUGUGGUGGGGCAUCCUGGGAUAGGAGGGGCGAGGAAUCCUGGGGCCUCUGGGGCGUGGCCGGCGGGUCUCCAAUCCUGGUUGGUUGAGGGCGGAGGGCUGGUGGCCUCAAGUUCAGAGCCUAGAGGCUUCGGCUUUCCUGCCACCUGUCCUGCUACCUGUCCUGCCCCGAGCGCCAUGGCUCAGCUGCCGCCCGACGUGGAAGAGGACGAAUGUCUUCCUGAGUACCGCUACCUGUUCUCCCCGGACCUGCUCCAGGACAAAGUGGCCUUUAUCACAGGAGGUGGCUCUGGAAUUGGGUUCCGGAUUGCUGAGAUAUUCAUGCGGCAUGGCUGCCACACGGUCAUCGCCAGCAGGAGUCUGCUGAGAGUUUCCAUGGCUGCCAAGAAGUUGAUUGCUGCUACUGGCCGGCAGUGUCUCCCUUUAUCUAUGGAUGUCCGAGCUCCCCCAGCCAUCAUGGCCGCUGUGGACCAGGCACUGAAGGAGUUUGGCAAAAUCGAUAUCCUUAUUAAUGGUGCAGCUGGAAACUUCUUGUGUCCCGCCAGUGCUCUGUCCUUCAAUGCCUUCAGGACUGUGGUUGACAUCGACACCAUUGGCACCUUCAAUGUGUCUCGUGUGCUCUAUGAGAAGUUCUUCCGGGUGGGUGUCCUCUCAGCCAGGAUCUCCCCUCUGCCUGCUGCCCACUUACCACCCCACCCUCCUGUGUUACAGGACCAUGGAGGGGUGAUCGUGAACAUCACUGCUACCCUGAAUCUCCGGGGGCAGGUGCUCCAGGUGCACGCAGGCUCUGCCAAGGCAGCUGUGGAUGCAAUGACACGGCACUUGGCUGUGGAGUGGGGUCCCCAGAACAUUCGCAUCAACAGCCUUGCCCCAGGCCCCAUCAGUGGCACAGAGGGCUUACGGCGAUUGGGUGGUUCCCUGGCCAGAGUAAGCACAAAGGCCCUUGUGAGCCCUCUGCAGAGGCUGGGAAACAAGACGGAGAUUGCCCAUAGUGUGCUCUACCUGGCCAGCCCUCUGGCUUCCUUUGUGACCGGGACCAUGCUGGUUGUUGAUGGUGGGGCCUGGCUGACAUCCCCUAAUGACACCAAGCAGCUGGCAGACUUCGAAUCCUCCUCUGCUAAGCUCUAGAAACAGGGAAUACUUCUGGGAGCUGUCUCUCUUGCAGUCCACAGCAAAGCCAAGAGCACUGGAUCUGGUAGUGCAGCCCUUUCUCAGGACUGAGCUGUACUUGCACUCUGCAUCCCCUCAGACUAUGUCCUGGGCAGGAGUGACUAGCCAGUGAGCCCAGCCUGCAACCUCUCACACAGACAUCUAGAAUUUUUCCAGGAAAUGCAGUAUCUUUUUGCUAUAAAAAUAUAUACGUUGGCUUUGCAGAAAAUUUUAUAAGGAAAAAGAAGACCAUUAAAAAGAACUACUCACUCUUUUGGAGGUAGGGU